AUGGACCGCGUCCAAGGCGUCACAUUUUUUUUCUCGGGUGCUCGACUUUUCGGCAUUCACAGCCACGUCUCCGAAGGCGCAUCUGCACUGUCCACCUACGAAGGCAUCCCCACCGGCUGUCGACGCGGAAUGGUUUGGAUUUAUCUGCCGAUGCCUAGAAGCGACCAGCUGCUGGUUCUUGGCGUCCGGGCAAAAUCGUCUUCGUCUCCGUGCGUAAAUAUUCUUAUUCGGACUCGCCUCGCUGGCGACGUCGUCAUCGGACAGCAUAGCCCUGGUGGCGUAAAGGACCGGUGCCUGGGCCGAUCGGCGCCUAUUACUCUCAUUUGCGGCGAGUCAAAAGUGGGAUUCCCGGUGCCGCACUUUGGCGCGUAUUGCCAGUUCUCUGCCGAUGCGCGUCUUCCUGAGCCGUUUCCCUUAGCAACGUCCUACCAUUCCCUGAUUGGCAGCGAUGCGUACUUCUCCUGGGCCUCUCUCAGUGGCAUAACGUCGGCCCUGACAUACUACGACUCAAAAACAGGCUUUUGCAGGGGUAUUUUGUUGCAAUACGACAAUGGAGGGGCUAGAACACUCGGUCAAUGUCGCCGGCAGGUAGAUCCAGCCGAGGAAGUGUACAAAACGCGAAUGCUCUGCUGGCGAACCGAGAUGUACCGCUCGCAACGGCAGCGAAUGGUACACCGCACGCAGGUCCGCUUCCAGCACGACCCGCAACACGAACACGACAAUAAAUGGAAAUGCCAUGCGCUGGAAGGCGUUCUUCAUUUCUGGUUUACGGACGAGGCAACGUUUCUAGUGGUAAUCAACUAA